ACGGGGGCUUGUCAGCAAAAAACCGUUCACAUUGCUAAUUAGGGGCUGCUAGCGUUAGCUUAUGUUAGCUAAAGCUACAGUAGUGAAAGCUGAAGCACUUCUGUCUUAUUUGUGUCUCACUAAAUCAGUCGUACACACAGCCCUGUCCAUCUUCUACCUGUGGACGUGUUGUUACGCUGUUUGUAUGCCCAAAACCAGCGUAAUGCGUUGUUAUCAACUGUCGUUGCUAACAACGGCUAACCUGGCUAGAGCUAACCCCACUGGGGAUACCGACCUGUCAAUCAACCCCGGUCUGACGUCAUUCCCAGGUCCAACGGGAUGCCAGCUCCGGAGCCGGUCCGGUUCGGUCGGAAGCGCGCCCUGCCCUCGUGCCCCAACCCGCUGUUCCUCAGGUGGCUCACCGAGCUCCGGGACGAGGCCAAAGAGAAGGGACUGAAGAUCCAGUACACCUACCAGAAGGCCAUCAGCUCUUUGAAUAAAUAUCCAUUACCGCUUCAAAACGCCAAAGAGGCAAAGAUCCUCCAGAACUUUGGAGACGGCAUCUGUAAAAUAUUGGAUCAAAAACUGCAACGAUACCUUAAAGAGAACGGCCCAGACGCUCCUGUUCACCGUCUCCCUGAAGGAGCACCCCGUCCUGGCAGACAGGACAACAACAGCCUGGCUCCUUCCAGAAAGAAAAAUGCAGCGGGGGAUCAAGGGAAAGACAAAGGAGGACGAGGAGGAGGAAGGAAGAAGAGAGAGUACGUACCCCAGAAGAGGUCUGGGGGUUAUGCUGUGCUGCUCACACUUUACAGGCAGUCCCAGAUCCCAGGUAGCAAAGGUUAUAUGUUUAAGAUGGAGCUACAAGCAGAAGCUCAGCGUCUCUGCGAUAAGUCUUUCACUGUUCCAGAUCUAGGCAGUAAGUACACUGCCUGGUCUUCAGUGAGCACUCUGAUUCAGAAGAACUUUGUGAUGAAGACCCACAACCCUGCAAGGUAUUCUCUGACAGAAGAGGGUCUGGCUUUGGCCGAGCGACUGGAGUCCAUAGAACAAGGGACUCAAGAUGGCCCGGAGGGGGACAGAGAAGAGGCUAGAAGUGAAGGAGAGGGGGACGCGGAGGAAGAGGACGGUGGUCCUGGGCUUGUGGACCUUACCGCUAGUGAUGAUGAUGACGAAGAAGAGAAGGAAGAAGACAGAAUACACCCCGCGGAGACGCCGACCUGCGUGGCCUUGCCAAGGAGGGACGUUGAUGGGAUGGGUUUAUCAGAAAAAACCCAGAAAUCACAUGCAGCGAGCAGAAAGCCGAAUGCAGCAUGUCUUCUGCCCGGAACUUAUGACAUUAUACUCUGUGUUGACUUCAUUGAGACAACUGGCGGCAGCAGCCACCGCAAGCAGGAGCUGGUCAAAGAGCUCCAGAGGAAUGGAGUGACCUUCGAUGUUAGGAAGCUAAACGUUGGAGACUUCCUGUGGGUGGCUCGAGAAAAGAUGGCACCUCUUCCAGGUCAGUUGCGUGCCCCUGCAGGCAGGGAGCUCGUCCUUGAUUACAUCAUCGAGAGGAAGAGGAUGGACGACCUGUGUGGGAGCAUCAUCGACGGACGCUUCAGGGAGCAGAAGUUUCGACUGAAGAGGUGCGGUCUUCGGAGACCCUGCUAUCUGGUAGAGGAGUGUGGCUCGGCUGCCUCCCACCUGAGUUUACCUGAAACCACGCUGCAACAGGCCAUAGUCAACACACAGGUAGUUGAUGGCUUCUUCGUGAAGAGAGUCCAGGACGUGAGGGAGUCGGCGGCCUACCUCACCGUCAUGACGCGCUACCUGACUAAACUGUACCAGAACUGUACGCUGGUCUGUCGGUCCAGAGAGCUGGAGGGGGAUGGAGGGAGCGAUGAGGAGGAGAGCGGGGCCCCCUCCUGCUCUCUCAUUUCUUUUGCAGAAUUCAACUAUGGAGCAAUCAAAAACAAGUGUCAGACGGUGAGGGAAGUGUUUGCCAGACAGUUGAUGCAGGUUAGCGGUUUGUCUGGAGACAAGGCCGCUGCUAUACUGGAGCAGUACAGCACUCCGCACAGUCUUCUGACAGCCUAUAAAAAGUGUGCAAGUGAAGCAGAGAAGGAGAAACUCCUCUCUUCCAUCCGAUACGGGAAGCUGAAAAGAAACCUGGGUCCAGCUCUGAGCAGAACUGUUUACCAGCUGUACUGUACUCAGGGAGCGCUUUCAUAGACGCACACGCUCACCGGUGAACGCUACUUCACUCAGUCACUUAUUUUCUGUCUUAAAGAUGGAUGCACACCCAAACUCACUCACCUCGUAAUGUUCAUUUUCGUCUCCUAUUUACUUGAAUAGAUUUAACUUGAUAGGGAUUUCCAUGUUUAUGUAAAUAUAAAAAAUGCUGAUUUAUUUUCUUUACUGUAACAUGUUGCUAGUUGUGGGAAGAAUUUCUCUUAAUGUAUCUGAUGAUACAUCAAUAAAUAUAAUUUAAAAUA